GUGAUAGUGGAGAAGGUUUCUGGCUCUCAGAUAGUGGACAUUGAUAAGAGGAAGUACCUGGUUCCCUCUGACAUCACAGUGGCUCAGUUCAUGUGGAUCAUCAGGAAACGCAUUCAGCUGCCUUCAGAGAAAGCCAUUUUCCUCUUUGUCGACAAAACUGUCCCCCAAUCCAGUUUGACUAUGGGCCAGCUGUACGACAAGGAGAAGGACGAGGACGGCUUUCUGUAUGUGGCCUACAGCGGAGAAAACACUUUCGGUUACAAGUCCUUUUAUACAGCAAGGGGUUAAUACUUCACUGAAUACACACACACACACACACACACACACACACAGACACAUAUAAUUUAACAUAGACACAGUAAGACCCCGUAAAAUACUGGUGCACAAUGUUUCAGAAUUGGCCUUUUCGUGUUUUACAAGUAAUACACCCAUAUACUUGGCACAGGUAUUAAUGGUCAGAUUUUGAUACUUAACAGUUCAAGCUUAAGGCGACAUUUAAUACACAAAAGUGCAACAACAAAGCUGUUCUAUUUUUGUUGACAGGCUCAGAUGAUCAUUAGUCUGAAGUAACGCUUGAUUGCUUUUUGUCUUGAUUGCUGUUCAAAGGUUGGUUGUGGAGAGAAUGAUCUUCAACACUGCCGUUAAGUAGGAAUAACAAUCACCACACAUUAAAGCCACGUCAUAUAUCAUGGAUUUCUAAGUAUCAACCACGGUAUUAUGCUCCGAGAGACGCAGGCCAAUCGGCAUUCAAUCACGCUCCAUUUCCUUUCAGUCCAGCUUGUUGUCAAAGAUAUCUGUGUUCUGCAUAAGUACGGUAAGGAAGAAAUCCUGUAAUCAUGUGAAUAGAAUCAUUAACCACGUUAUGGAUGUAUAUGUACGUGUCAUCUUAUCAUGUAUAACUACUUUACUAUGUAACUCUAAUUCCACAUGUACACUUUACCUGCUCGACAGGCAAUGAUGUAGCUACAGACUUAUAAAUGGAGGCAGCUCAUCUUAUUUAUGGUGUUCACAUGGUGGCCAUUUUCCCUUGAUGUCUCAGUCAGGGUUGGAGCUCAACUGAGUUUAUCAACAGGGUAAUGUAGUUGUGCUGUGUUCCAGUUGUAGAAUUGUGUACAUAUGAAAAAUCAUGAUCAUUUUACUAGUGCCCGACCGAUAUGGGAUUUUUGGGGCCGAUACCAAUACAGAUAUAUCGGUCGCAUUGUGUUGAUCCCUUGAAUGCAGUUAUCAUACACUUGUGGAAAAGAUAUAUAAUGUAGACAAGAUGGUCUCUUAACUAGAAAGUAACUGCGCAUGUACGUGCCUCACCACUUGACACUCUGGAGAGUGAUGAUGCUCGAAUGAAAGGCUAUUUGACUGGUGAAUAAAUCUAGUAAUAUCGGAUAUUGGAGAUAAAAAAUGAGCCGAUGCCCAUUAGUCAAGUGAUAUGAUAUCGGCCGAUAUCAUCGGGUGGCUGAUUAAUCGGUCUGGCUCUACAUUUUAACUAUUUGCAAUUCACCAGUGACUGAAAAGUAAAAAAAAAAAAAAGUUCCAAUCUUGAAGGACAUCAAACCACAAGUCAAAACAAAAUAUAUGAUAAAGCCUAAGCUACAGUUGGUUAACUGUUGUCUCACAGUGGCUCGUGUACUUGGUCGUUAAACCUUGGAAAAUAUGGCCUGAUGUCCUUAAAGAUUUAAAGAUUUUUCAAUAGCCAUUGUUUUCAGGUGCUGAUCAUUCUAACGGUGCAGCUCAUAGCAUUAUCAUUUGAGCUUCUCAACCUGAGCGUGACCUCAGGAAAAUGGCCGCCAUGUGGAGAAUAGAGGCAGUGAAUGGUGGUGAUUGUGCCAUUAGCUGGUAAAGAGGCAGCCAGUGGUAAGGGCAUAAUAGGAAAAGUGUCAGUCCUUAGAGUGAAUCUCAGUGUCAGUCCAGACUGGAAUCAUCUCCCAGGACUCAGACACAUGACUCCAACAGCAAGUGAUAAACCUCAGAGACCAGCUGAAGACAUUAACACUUCACUUGUAGUUGAUAUUGUUGAGUUGUCAUAUAUUAUCCUUGCUCUACAGCCUGUACAUUGACCCUGGAUUUUUAGAUUAGGAAAGCUACACACAAAAAAAAGUUGUGUAGAAGAAACAGAGAGAGAAACCUGCAAUAGAUGCAUUGUGUACAAAUGAUGACGCAAAAAUUAAAGCCAUUGAUAGUUGAAUGUGUGUUAAGAAUGUUGGACUCAGGAGGACGUCGAUCUACUUUGGAAGUUUCCAAAAAGGAUGUUUCCAUGUGAAAGUCAGACUCUAUUGUAUUUCGCUUGAUGGGAUGCAAACGUCGUUGUUUAAGUUUUCCUCAGAAAUAAGAAAAUACUGCAGGGCAUAAUGUAAUGUUCUCAAAUGUUAAAACCUUAUUGUAACCAGGCUCUACUUUUUAAGUUUGUUGCUCUGAGUGCAUGCCUAUUAAGAUGAAAAAUGUACCUGAAACUGAAAGCAGCACUGAUAAAAACUCUGAUAUAAGAAAUAAAUCACAUGACUAUGAGGUUGUGUUCUUCUGAGCUUUGUUUGCAGACAAUGGUGGUCAGCUGUUAGCGGUGUAAACGCUCUGAUUAACCCUCUAUAACUACACACCUAGCACAGAACAGCAGACAUCAGCUACAGGUGAGGGAGUGUUCUGUGUACAAGUAGAAGAUGGAGAAAGCUGAUUAUGAACGAGGACGUUCCUGGUUCUGUUUUGUCCAGUUGUUCUUGUUGCAUAAUGGAGGCGGUGUUUGUGGGUCAUUUCACGAUAAACACUCAAGUAUCAUUCUGAGACUUGGCUGGAAAUUUAAGCAGUCAGUGCAGCAAAGCUAAAGGAAGCAGGACAUACAAUAACUCAUAACGUAGCACUGAAAGAAGAACUUUACACCAACAACAACAACAACAGUUUACUCUUCUUGUGGAGGCAUUGCCUUUACAUAUUGUUCCACAGUUUUUCUAUUCUCUGUGAUACUCUGCAAUGCAAUACUCUGUGAGCCAUCAGCUUGUUACCAUGUAUACAUGAUAACAUCACAUGUAUUACUUAAACAAGAUACUCUCCUGUUGGUUAAAUACGUGAGUCAUUAGAUUUGUACUGCUGAUAAUGAGGCAUUGUGUUUGACCAUAUCCAGUCCUUUCUUGUUCAAAUUUUAAUGAUUAAUGAUCAAAAUGUUUGAUGCAGAAAUGUUGAUUUAUAAAAUCGCCAGGAGUGUAUCUGUAGAGUGCAGAGUUUACACGCUCGUUAGGUAUUAGAUUCACUUGUUAACAAGUUAAGAGUUGCUCAGGUCUUUGUGCCGGCAGAUGCUGAAGCUGAUGUUUUGGCUGCAGUUGUAGUUUUGGUGCCGAAUCAGAAGAGGACAUAUAUAUAGUGUAUUUCCACCCUUUGAUUCAUGCUUUGAAACAUGGUAUGUAAACGUGCAAUAUAUUGAUGGAAUGCUAUCAUAUUCAGUAUUGUUUUAUGUCAUCAGUGUUUGAUUGUUAAAUAUGAUCUUAAUGGAUUUUUAGAUAUUUCAAAAAGGUAAGGUAGCUGGAAGACCUGACCAAUAAAAUGAAAUCAAAAUGAA